AUGUCUUCGUAUCCAACACUCUCAUUACUUUUGCACAAGCCCCCUGUCAGUGUGACCAUUGUAGGGAUCAGAGAGUCGUCUGUACUCGGCUUCACACGGCGCGUCGCAGCUGAAACUUUGCAUUCGCUCGACUUUAUGCUAAGUGCCCUGCCACCACAGCAGAUUCAGCCAUGCUGCAUCUCCGCAAAACCCGUCUCCACUCUUGGGACGAGGGUGGGGGGGCGUGGUGCGUCGGGUGGUGACUCGUUUUGA